UUUGGUUCAAAUUGUACCAACGUCUGUCAUUGUUUAAAUAAUGAAAGAUGUUCAGAGAAUGGUGAAUGUCCUGGUAGAUGUGCUGAUGGAUGGACUGGAACAACUUGUAAUCAAACCUGUGAUAAUGGUGCGUAUGGUGCUGGAUGUGAUAAACUAUGUUCAAAUAGAAAUUGUUUAUUAGAAACAUCACUAUGUAACCAUAUCAAUGGUAGCUGUCGAGGUGGAUGUAAAGAAGGAUUUGGUGGAAUUGACUGUGUUAAAAGAUGUGAAGAUAGUGUUUAUGGAGUAGGAUGUAGUAAGAAAUGUUCAGAUAGAAAUUGUUUAGUAGAAACAUCACCAUGUAAUCAUAUCAAUGGUAGCUGUCAAGGUGGAUGUAAAGAAGGAUUUCGUGGAAUUGACUGUGUUAAAAGAUGUGAAGGUGGUGUUUAUGGAGUAAGAUGUAGUAAGAAAUGUUCAGAUAGAAAUUGUUUAGUAGAAACAUCACCAUGUAAUCAUAUCAAUGGUAGCUGUCAAGGUGGAUGUAAAGAAGGAUUUGGUGGAAUUGAUUGUGUUAAAAGAUGUGAAGGUGGUGUUUAUGGAGUAGGAUGUUGUAAUAAAUGUUCAGAUAACAUAUGUUCAGAAACAUCACUAUGUAAUCAUAUCAAUGGUAGCUGUAUUGGUGGAUGUAAAGAUGGAUUUAGAGGAAUUGACUGUGUUAAAAGAUGUGAAGGUGGUGUUUAUGGAGUAAGAUGUAGUAAGAAAUGUUCAGAUAGAAAUUGUUUAGUAGAAACAUCACCAUGUAAUCAUAUCAAUGGUAGCUGUCAAGGUGGAUGUAAAGAAGGAUUUAGUGGAAUUGACUGUGUUAAAAGAUGUGAAGGUGGUGUUUAUGGAGCAGGAUGUAGUAAGAAUUGUUCAGAUAGAAAAUGUAAAGAUAAUAAUUUACAAUGUGAGAGUACAACAGGAGAAUGUAUUGAUGGAUGUCGACCAGGAUACCAGUCAGUAGAUUGUACACAAGUAUGUUCUAACGGAACGUAUGGUCUUAAUUGUACCAACUUCUGUCAUUGUUUAAAUAAUGAAAGAUGUUUAGAGAAUGGUCAAUGUCCUGGUAUAUGUGCUGAUGGAUGGACUGGAACAUAUUGUAAUCAAACUUGUAAUAAUGGUAAGUAUGGUGCUGGAUGUGAUAAACUAUGUUCAGAUAGAAAUUGUUUAGUAGAAACAUCACCAUGUAAUCAUAUCAAUGGUAGCUGUCAAGAUGGAUGUAAAGAAGGAUUUAAAGGAAUUGACUGUGUUAAAAGAUGUGGAGAUGGUGUUUAUGGAGUAGGAUGUAGUAAGAAAUGUUCAGAUAGAAAAUGUAAAGAUAAUAAUUUACAAUGUGACAAUAAAACAGGAGAAUGUAUUGAUGGAUGCCAACCAGGAUACCAAUCAAUAGAUUGUACACAAGUAUGUUCUAACGGAACGUAUGGUCUUAAUUGUACCAACUUCUGUCAUUGUUUAAAUAAUGAAAGAUGUUUAGAGAAUGGUGAAUGUCCUGGUAUAUGUGCUGAUGGAUGGACUGGAACAACUUGUAAUCAAAGUGGAUGUAAAGAAGGAUUUGGUGGAAUUGACUGUGUUAAAAGAUGU